AUGAAUGUGUUCCAGACGAUCGGUCCGAUUUCGGCCGGAUCCGGAGAGCCUGGCUCUCCGUCGUGGCGAGAGUGUUCGAGUCCCGAAGAGGCCGGUUGCCUUGAGGCUCGGUUGACGGGAGUACAGCAAACCGGAACCCUGAACGCCAGUCAGUUGAGUACCGAGACCUUUUUGGUGAUCUCUACUAGCACACACCAUUGA